AUGGAAUGGGAAGGAAGGACGUUAUCGCCGGAACAUCACUCUUUUGCUGUCCGCCUCAUUGGUCGUAAAGGAUGGAAAGUCCCUGCAACAUGUCGGCAUAUGAAAUUCAGUUUCAAGAAUUAUCUUCAUUCCAUCGUUUCCAUUGAAUUUUCAAUGAUUGAACGGGAAAAUCUCAUUCGUGCAAGUAAAGUCCCGUGUAUCAGUAUAAUUAAUUAUCGAUCGAUACCGGCUUUGAAGCUUGGAACAUAUCUAUAUAAAAACAUUAUGUUGUUGUUUCAAGGAUUAACGAAAGAAAAGUGGGAGAAGGUUGGAAAUACUGAAGUAAAGGAAAAUGACAGGAAAGGAACAACAAUUACUUCUGUUAACGUGGGAUCCAUCGCUGGCGAAAAAGGAAAUCCGUAUAAUUCCCCUGAUGAUAUCCAUGUAAUCUUCGCUGAUAAACUAUACUCCAAAAGUGACAUUGAUCAAUGCUGA